AUCUUUUCUUUCACUUAUCUGAUUAGCGAGCUGUCAGAACUUUUCCUGAACUGCCAUAGGGCAUUACGUUAACGGCACGGUGCGCGCUGAAAAUUAUCGACUACGAACGAAACUAAAAAGUAUCAACACCAAGUUUGAACAAAGAUGCAGCCCGUUAGAGUGAUAUUUUCGAAUGUUGCACGCCGCUCCUUCUCCACGUCGCCCAAGACUCUUGCGGCGAAGCAGUUGACCGUUCGUGAGGCCUUAAAUUCUGCUCUGGAUGAAGAAAUGGCACGCGACGACCGCGUUUUUCUUAUGGGUGAAGAGGUUGCCCAAUAUGACGGAGCCUAUAAGGUAUCCCGUGGUCUCUGGAAAAAAUAUGGCGACCAACGUGUUGUGGAUACGCCCAUUACCGAAAUGGGUUUUGCCGGUAUUGCUGUCGGUGCCGCUAUGGCUGGCCUGCGACCAGUUUGCGAGUUUAUGACUUUUAACUUCUCAAUGCAGGCCAUUGAUCACGUUAUCAACUCAGCAGCUAAAACCUUCUACAUGUCUGCCGGUUUGGUCAACGUUCCGAUAGUUUUCCGUGGCCCCAAUGGUGCCGCUGCUGGUGUAGCCGCUCAGCAUUCUCAGUGCUUCGCUGCCUGGUACGGUCACUGCCCAGGUUUGAAAGUGAUAUCCCCGUAUGACAGCGAGGAUGCACGUGGAUUGCUUAAGGCUUCCAUUCGCGACCCGGACCCAGUGGUUUUUCUAGAAAAUGAGAUGUUAUAUGGUGUUUCAUACCCAGUGGACGAAAAGGUAUUUGAUAAAGAUUUCGUGCUGCCUAUCGGUAAGGCAAAAAUUAUGAAACCAGGUAAUCACAUCACUCUGGUAGCACAUUCAAGGGCUGUAGAAACCGCACUGACCGCUGCUGCUGAACUGGCUAAAAAGGGUAUUGAAGCUGAGGUUAUCAAUUUGCGUUCCAUCCGUCCACUGGACAUGGACACCAUUUGCAAGUCCGUUAAGAAGACACAUCAUCUUGUGACCAUAGAACAGGGCUGGCCACAACAUGGUGUGGGCGCUGAAAUUUGCGCGCGUAUCAUGGAGGACGAAACUUUCUUCCAUUUAGAUGCACCUGUGUGGCGUGUAUGUGGCGUUGACGUACCAAUGCCUUAUACCAAGACCCUGGAAGCGAAUGCAUUACCCCAGGCUCAUAACAUUGUCGAAGCUGUCACUAAAAUCAUUGGACCCAAAAAGUAGAGAAUUUAUACCAUCCAAAUUACACCUUAGUCAAAUUUUAAAUGCUAGAUCAAACAAGUAUUCGCAAUCAACUUCUCACAGAACAUAAAUGUUUAUAAUGAAAAUAUGCGCGAAUUAAAAAUGCUAUACACUAUACUAUACCCACAUGAAGUCAUAAGAUUAAAGUCGAUGAAAUAUUAAAAUU